AUGGAAGGAAAGAGUGGAGUGGAGAAAGCGCCAUUGAUCACGAAGGAAAAUACAUACUGUUAUUCUAGAAGGAGCGACCACAACAUCAAGUCGUGGGCCCAGCAACGGAUGGGUGGAAUGAAUGAAAAACUUGUGGAUGUGGAGAACGGCGCUGGCAAGGAGACGUUCAGUGGAAAAAAAAAAGUCAAAAAUUAG